AUGGUGGACACUGCCUCGAAGCAUCGAGCUGAGUUUGCCUUUGCUCAGCUUGAGAACGAGAGAUCUCUGACAUCUCUUCGUGACGAGCUAAGGGUAGCUCGUGGGAUUGUUGAUCGGUCUCGGGCUGAGAUAGCUGCUCUUCAGACCCUUGUUGAUGCCCACCAUCGGGAGCACAAGGCUCUCUGCGAGAUGCUUGAGCGCAAGGGCGUUCUUCAUCGGAAGAAGCAGCGUACUGAUGGUACGGCUUAA